CGUAGCUAGCCGUGCCAGGCCCCUCUAGCACCGUUCCCCACUAAAGAUUUCGACCGUGGACGUUCGCCACUGUGGAAGAUGUGUUUCUCGUUAGGGAUACAUUCUCUCAGUCCAGCCGUAGGCGCUACCGUUUAAAAAAAAAUUGCUUUACAUCGGUGCUGCACUCGGUGUAAAUACAUAACAACGGAUAGUGUAUGUAAACAUGUGACAUUUGCUCUCUCGGACUUGGUACGUGACUGCUACCAUGAAACAGUUUCGACGUACUAGCUGAAUAAUCAACGUGGUUCGCGCUAGAGUCGCGGUGCGCCUGUUUCCUGACGCGAGUGCAACGAAAAACCAUACAACUGGGAUAUAUUACCUCAUUCUCCAAGUUCGGAUUAUGCAGCUGAACUAGGUGGGGACAGCGGCGCGGCUGCAGACGUCCCACGGUAACCCUGACGCAGUGGCCGUCCUAUGAGCGCAGCCGCCGGGUGACGCCGCCGGGGCCAUGGAGCAGCAGCCUCAGCACCAGGUGCAGCUGUCUCACGACGCCAGCGCCGGGCAGGCGGCACAGCAGCAACAGCAGCAGCAGCAGGCGGCGCAGCAGCAGGCGGCGCAGCAGCAGGCGGUGGUGGCCGUGCAGCAGCACCACCAGCAGCAGGCGGUCAUGGUGCCCACGAGCGGCAUGCAGCAGAUAGCGCAGCAGGUGGCGGUGUCGAUGCAGCAGACGCCGACGGCCAUCGCGCCGGCGCCGACCCCGCAGCAGCAGCAGCUGCAGCAGGCACAGCAGACGCAGCAGCAACAGCAGGCGCAGCAACAGGCUCAGCAGCAGGCGCAGCAGCAGGCGUCGCAGCAGCAGGCGCAGGUGGUGGCCGGAGCGCCCGCCAUCACCACCAUGUCGACGCUGCACCAGCCGCUGGCACCCGCGACGCCCCAGCCCCAGGCCGCGGCCCCGCAGCAGGUCCACGAGUGGGGGCACGGCAGGGUGCAGGUGAUCCAGCAGCCGCUGCAGAACCCGACGUACCUGCAGCAGCUGUACAACACGCAGGGCCAGCUGCUGGUGCCGGGCAACCUGCAGCUCCACCCCGCGCCGCCCGGCAUGAACCCCUCCUCCAUACACGUGAUCGCCGCCGGCAAACCGUUCCCGGCCAACCAGCUGCCGCCGCAGAUGAUCACCGCCCAGAAGUCGGUGCUGCAGGGGCAGGCAGCAUCUUUCCCCGGCUACGCGACGAUACCGACGACGACGAAUCAGACGCUGGUAAUCAGCCAGCUGGGUGUGAUUAGCAACCAGCCCAACAUCCUGCCAGCACACUCCGCAGCAGGGGGGAAGCCCGCUGACGUGCAGAAGACGGCGUACGGGAGUAACGCGGCUGCCAGUCGGCGCUCUCCGCACGCCGGCAAGUACCAGCAGGCGCCCGGGCGGCAGGCGCUGCAGGCGUCGCGGCCCGGCGGUUCGCAGCACCAGCAGGCGGUGCGGCAGGUGGCGGCGAGCCAGGCGCACCACGGCCACGCGCAGCAGCCGCCGCACUCGCAGCACGCCGUCGCGUCUUCGGGCUUCGUGGUGUCGCAGCCGCAGGCGCAGCAGCUGGUGACGACGCAGGCCCCCUCGGUGCUCGGCGCGGGACAGGCCCAGUUUCUGUCGCCCAUCCAGGGCGCCGCGCAGCCGAUGCAGUUCUCGCCGUGGCAGUUCGCGGGCACGACGGGGCUGCCGCAGGGCAUCGCCUGGGCGGCCACGACACCCGGCGCGCUGCAGUCCAGCACGGCGCUCUUCUCCGCGCAGAACCCCAUCUUCAUCAGCCGCAGCGGACCGGGCGCCCCGGGCGGGGACCCGAACGCGACUGCGGCGAGCGUCUUCCUGCAGAGCCCGCCCCCGCAGCUGCAGCAGCACUCCCAGCUGGCGCAGGCGAGUGUGCAGAGCGUGACGCAGGUGGCGGCCGCCCCCGUCCAGGGGAAGCCGGGGGGCGGCGGCGCUGCCGGCGGCGUGGGGCCCACCGCGGGCGGCGCCCAGGUGGUCGAGGUGGCCGGCAUCCAGCCGAAGACAGUGAGUACCGCGAGGCCCCUCUCUUUGGACGUAGCGAGGCGGGUGCGGCCGCUGUCAAACAUCCUGCCCUCGACCGCAACGACGACGACAAACCGGCCGGCGUCGUCCGUGUCGACGCAGACGGGUGGCAGUGUGACGGCGUCCCAGAUGAGCCAGGCGCAGGUGCAGACGCAGAAGGUGCAGAUGAAGGGGCGCGCCAAGCCGGGCCUGAGCCGAGUCUCGCCUGCACCUGCAGUCACCCAGAAGGCCGACGCCGCCAACCAGACGAAGCCGCAGGGUGUCGUCCAGUCGGGCAUGACGCCGCCGAAGAUUCUGCCGAAUACUGCAAUGCCCAUGACACCGGAGAAACAACAACAACAGCAGCAACAGCAGAUGAUCAACAAAACACUACAGCAGCAGCAACAACAACAACAGCAGCAGCAACAGCAACAACAGCAGCAACAGCAACAGCAACAAGUGCAGCAACACCAACAGCAGCAGCAGAUGCUAGCCCUCCAACACCAGCAGCAACAGCAGCAGCUGCAGCAGCAGAUGCUGCAGCUGCAACAGCAGCAGCAACAACAGCUCCAAGCGCAGGCGCAAGCGCAGGCACAGGCUCAAGCGCAGGCCCAGGCGCAGGCCCAAGUGCAAGCGCAAGUACAGGCCCAGGCUCAGGCGCAAGCGCAAGCGCAAGCUCAAGCGCAAGCCCAGGCCCAGGCCCAGGCCCAGGCCCAAGCUCAAGCUCAAGCGCAGGCACAAGUGCAGGCUCAACAGGUGCAGGCUCAGCAGCAGAUGAUGCAGCAACAACAGGCUCAUCAGCAGCAACAACAGCAGCAGCAGCAACCACAGCAACAGCCUCAGUUGCAACCUCAGCAGCAACAGCAACCACAACUACAGCAGCAGCCACAACAGCAGCAGCAGCAGCAGCAGCAACAACAACAACCACAACCACAACUACAGCAGCAGCCCCAACAACAACAACAACAACAACAACAACAACAAGCACAACAACCCCAGCCUCUGUCGCAGCAGCAGCUACAGCAGCACAUUCAGUCCAAGCUGCCCCAGAUUGUGAUGCCGACCGUGCAGACGCAGACGCCAGCUCCCGCCGUGCUGCCGGCGGACACCCGCGGCCCGGCCACGCUGCCCGCUGCCGCGCCGGUCGUCGCUGCUACCGCGGCCGCCCCCGCCGCCACGCCUCCGCUGUCUGCUGCCGGCCUGCAGCAGCCUGUCGCACACUCACCACUGCCGCAGAUACUCGAGCUGUUGCCGUUUGGAAUUGGAGCGGCAGACAUUCGGCACGUGUGGUACGUGCGCACCUCUCUCCUUGUCUUGUCCGUACCUACCUGUGCAGCCCCUUCCUCUGUCACUGUCCCACCACCAACUAUAUUUGCUUGUUUACUGGAGAACUACAUUCCACACAUUCACCUGAAGCAAGGUGUAGAAACUGCAAUGGCACGGGACAGCUACACUGUCCCUGCUGCCUACGAGGUCAGUUUUGUAAGAUCCCGAGUUAUGAAUGAAGUCGCGGCCGAGGACGACCGACAGCAGGUUCCCGUGGGGCCGCCCACGGCGGAGGUGCCGGUCCAGGCGGCAGUGCAGCCGGACGUGGCCGUGGGCCAGCAGCCCAUGGACGUCGACGACCCGGUCGCCAUUUCUGGUUUAGCAGCCACUGGAGUCACUUCCACCAAGGAGGACGCGAGGCCAAAGACUCCCGGAAUACCGCCGGCACAGGAGCGCGACAUCCAGCCGGUGACGGCGAUGGAGUGCGACGACGCGCAGGCUGCGGGCGUGCAGGCUACGCCCCCUCGCCCCGCGGCGGCGGCGACGCCCGCUCCGCCCGUCGCCGUAGCCCCCGACUGCCCGCCACAGCAGACGGACGGCGCGAACGCCAACAUCGCCCCGCCGCCACCCGCGCCCACGCCUGCACUGCCCACCCUCAAGAGGAGUCGCGGGCAAGAGGUGUUGACGCACGUCAUCGAGGGGUUUGUGAUCCAGGAGUCGUCGGAGCCCUUCCCGUCGCCGCCCCACAGCAGCGAGGACGACGAAGACGACGACGGCCACGGCCGCUGCAGGCCGCCGCGGCCCCCCGCGUCCCCGCCGGCGCGCCCCCUUACCGCGGUCGGGCUCGACAACCCGGCGCAGCGCGCGGCGUCACCGGACCGGCUGGCGGGAGAGCCUCAGCGCAAGAAGCCGCUGACGGAGGCGGAGGCAUCGCGGUGCGAACACUGUGGCAAGACCGGCCUACGGGCAAAAUUCAAGAAGAGGUUCUGCACGCCAUCCUGCGCCAAGAGCAGCAAGAGGUCGGCACUGCAGAGGGCGACGGCCGACGCGGCUGCCGCUGCAUCCGGAGCGGCGCAGGCGCAGGCACAGGCGCAGACGCGGUCGCGGGCGGUCAGCGAUGGCCCGGCGGCAGCGGCGAACGCGAACGGCGACGGGGAGGUGCGGCGGCCGCUGCACCAGCAGAUCCUGACGCCGGCCGACCAGCGCGAGUGGCUGCGCAGUGCCAAGGACUGGAACGCCACCGGGGCGAGCGCGCCGACGCGGUCCUCUUCGUCGGCGUCGACAGCGCCGCUGGGAGCCGAGAGUGCGGGUGACGAGACGGAGGACUCCGGCGCGGAGAGCUUCGGCGCCGACAGCGGCGUGCAUGCGGGCCUCGCGGCACCCGGCUCUGGCGCCGCGUCCGCCGUCAUGGACGAGCAGUCGCAGGACAGCUGGGCCAGCUCGAACAACGCCGGCACCGACAACAACGGCAACCCCGCCGCCGCCAACAACAACAACGAUGACGCCGCGAACCGGCAGCCCAAGGUCAACCCGCUCAAGUGGUCGGUGACGGAGGUGUGCGAGUUCAUCAAGGGGCUGCCCGGUUGCGCAGACUACGUAGAGGACUUUGCCAUCCAGGAGAUCGACGGGCAGGCCCUGAUGCUGCUCAAGGAGGACCACCUCAUGUCGGCCAUGUCGAUGAAGCUCGGCCCCGCGCUCAAGAUCUGCGCCAAGAUCGACACGAUGCGCGGCGCCGUAGGCGAAGGCGCGCCUGCGGCCAACGGCCCGGCGGUCGGCGUCCCCGUCUCCAGCCCUACCAAGUAGCUGGCGUCCACGUCGGCGUGUCGAGAGCUCUCGCACCGGGACAGAGCGUGACGACGUAUCCGUGCGAAAGUUUGCGAGCCAGAGAGGUAGCCUAUCCCGGUUUGACAUUUGAGCGACAAGAUACCUCGGUCGCUUCCUGCCGUCGUGUGCAUUUAAUACUUUUGGGAUCGGCACUGUACAGCGGCAGAGAGUGUGACCCAGACGGACCGUUAAAAGGUGGAAGGAAUACGUGUGACAUCUAAUGUCUUCAAAUCCCUGUGAAACGUGCAGCAUUUCAGUUCGGCGUUUCUAGUUAGGCCACACUGAUCCACAGUUUACGUCUCCUGUGGGGGCCGCUCUCAAAAUAGCCCCCUUCAGACUCAUUUUUGUAUCCCCUUUCUACAGUGAGGGAUCUUUCUGAGUACAGUCGUCAGCGCGACACGUGUGAAUUUGUGCUAGGAAAUUUAAGGGUUAAGAAUUCUAUACACACUCUCACCGGCACUGUGGGGGUCUAAACGGCCACAGAUUCACGCGUAAUACUCCCCGUAGGUGACUGUAGCCCUAAGUAUCUGACGGCCUCAGUCCGAAAGAGGACUUUUCACAGCUGUGGCUGUCUGUAUCUCGGACGGGGGAUAGUGGCAGCUGUGAGGUGUUGGCCAGAGCCCUCGCGGCACAUUCAGAAGCGAGCAAGUGUGUCACUACAGGACGGUAACUGCCACUGUGUUCCCUUUCCUGCACUGGCUGUACGUUUGGAGAAACCCUGCCCCCUGUGGUCACAAAUUGUGACAUUUGGUGAAAUCUCCACUGGGCUACCGAGAUACCUCUAAUGUUACACUUUUCACAAAACUCGUGGCUCGCAGUGUUGAAAGUAGAACUUAUUUAUCUUGCAAGUGCUUUGUAUUUGUGUGCUACUGUGACUAGAAAUUUCAUUAAUUCCACACACGUGUACUCUAUUCUGAAUACUACUUUCAGAUUACUUGACAAUUGUGCUAGUUUUGAGCUGAUUUUGUGCAAGCCAGAUAAACAUACCUUUUACUGGAUGCCAUUAUGUGUGGUUCCAGUGACACCUGUAUUCCUGUUUUGCAGGAAAAAAGUGUACUCCAAACUACUGUAACAUAUGUUCCUUUGUGACAGACAUGUUCCCAUUCUUAUCAGUUAUUAUUGACAAUGAGGCUGAGGAAAUGGGUACAAAGGAGAAAUGGAAGCAGCGUUUUGUUUGCUGCGGAAAGGAGUGUGUUUCGUAAUCGAAACGGUUCUGUAAUUUGUGUAGAUUUUUCUCGAUCAGCAUGUUACUUAUUAAGAGAUGUGUGUUUUAUGUUUAGUGUGUAGGAAACUGUAAAGGACUUCAUCGGCUGUGACAUGAUAUG